AUGCAGUUAUAUCUGUCACUCAUUUUUUUGUUAAGUUUUGUCAAAUGUUCAUACGUAAGUCUCAUAUCGAAUAAUGCCAAUAAAAUACUAGAGACAGAUGUCAUUGAGACUCUGUCAUAUUCAACAGUGACGGUCGGUGAACCAUACGUGGCGCACUCGGUAGUAGUGACAAGAAUAUCCGCAUCUUCCCAAGACCCUCCAACAAUUUCGCCAAAGAAAGAGGUAAAAACAUCUCCAACAAUCUCACAAAGUGGGGACUCUACAUCAAAAACAGUAAUUCAGGGUUCAUCCUUGACAUAUGAUCGCGCCAGCAAAUCAUCCAAAACAUCGAGAACAGGCCAUGCCGUAACUGGUUCGAGCAUUAUCAUAGAUGACUUGACAACUAAAAGUCCUGUAGAAAGUUCGAGUUCGGUUUCUGAUAUUGAUAUAACCUCUGCUACUUCUACUGCUCCAACAAUGCGUAAAAUUACUACUUUACUAUCUCAAACUGCCACCACAUCGACAUCAACUCUGUUUUCUUCUUCUUUGUCUAUCUCAGGGACAAAGCUAAAUGGUACUUUAUUAACUUCUAUCUCGGUAGGUUCAAUUGAUCCAUUGGUAACUCAAAUGCCUUCCUAUUCAUUUCAAGAAACAAAAAUUGUUCCUUCUUCAUUAACUUCCAAUAAAACAAUAUACACGAUCUCAGUUAGCACAAACUCAGCUACAGUUACUGGUAAAGAUAAAUCUUCUAUCGCUUCAUCACAUCCUUCCUCAAACAUAUUCUAUCCAUCAAACUCAACUCACGGUUUAGUCCACUCACUAGCGUCUUCAACUGUGAGCUCCAACUACUUAUCAAGUAAGACACCAAUUACUCUUACUCCAUUAGCAUCAUCAUCAUUGUCCGCGACAGUAGAUCCAAUCUACUCAUCUAAUGCAACAGAGAGCAUUCUUUUUUCAUCAUCAUCAUCAUCACUAACCUCGACCGUUAGUCCAGUCUACCCAUCCAAUGCAACGCGAAGCACUCUUUCUCCAUCACUAUCGUCCAUGAUAGUUUCUUCUUUCUCAACAACAUCUUCGACAUUGGACACCAUUUACGUCUCUUCUUCAACGCAAGCCACCGUCUCUUCAUCAUCAUCUUCAGAGCAGACAAACACUUUCUCAUCUUCUUUAUCAACCCAGACUAUCAGCACAGCUAGCACAACAGAAAACGCCGCAACUACAACUAUUGUUAAUCUUUUCAAUGCUGUUUCGACAGAUGAACCCCCAACUGUUUUUGGAAGAUCUCCAAAUCCGAUGUCAUUAGCUGACGGGGUCUCAAACAACGGACCCAUUCAAACAAACAAGUUUUACACGAAUUUGAUUGUCGGAAGUCAAGAAUCUCCCGCAUUUGUAUAUCCUUAUUCACUGUGGAAAUACACUUCCUCGGAUGCUUAUGGGUUUGCUGUUCAACACACAACAGUAGACCAAUAUUCUUACAGUAAUUACGACAGUUCUGGUAGCUCAGAAUAUUUGGUUAAUCCCUUAGGAGUUGCUCAUGUUGUUUUCUCAGCUUCGAAUUUUGAUUCAAGUAUGACUAUGCAGGUCGAUGAAAUGACGCUGUCUUCAACAAGGGUCGUACUUUCAGAAUCUUAUGAUUCAUCAAACUAUCUGGAAAUUCCUUUGGUCCAAGGUAUGGGAUUUGCAACUGGGAUAUAUCAUGGCUCUUUGAAUGCCAAAAUUGGCUCUAGUGUCGGGUUCAAUACCGUUGUCUCUGAGUCAUCCAGUAACUUAGCUCAAGGUAUUCUCAAAUACCGCAUUAGUUUAUUGAAUGGGGUUACUUGGUUAUGUUACGUGAUAGGUCCAGACGAUUUAACCUCAACGGGCUUUUCAUUACAGGUGAGCUCAGAAUAUGAAAUUGAAGCAAGUGCAAGUAUUGAUGGUAUCAUCAUUCAAUUAGCCGUUGCACCUUCUGAAGCGGAUUACGAAGUCUUCUAUGAUCAGGCCGCUGGCAUGUAUGUUACUGAUUUCAAAGUACGAGGUGUUUCUGACGGCUCCACAGCUACUUAUGAAUUUUCUUAUACCACUCAAGGCCAAUCGGCAUCAGGCAGCACAAUGAUUUUUGCUCUGCCCCAUCAUGAAUCUUCGUUUAGUGACGUGAUGCAAAAUUACUAUACCGGUAUUCAACUUGCUUCCACGACCAAGGGUCUAAUGAACGGUUACUUAACGACAAGCCUCCAAUUUUCCACAUCGUUGAACAGACAAGUAUCAUGGCUGCCAUGGUCUUCUCAACUUGGCUCUACUCCACUAGAGUAUUCUGCAGAACAGCUGCAAUUAUUAGCUGAAGUCGCAAAUUCUGAGUUACAGGUCAGUAUUUCCGAAAGCAUUAGUGGGUUGAAUACGUAUUAUUUGGGUAAAGUGCUUGAUAAGUAUUCCUACAUCCUUUUAACAGUGUCCGAAAUCAUUCAGGAUGAAGCCACCACUAAGAGUACUCUGGAAAACAUCAAAUCGGCCUUUGAAGUCCUGCUUCAGAAUGAACAAACAUAUCCCCUCAUGUACGACACAAAAUUCAACGGUCUAGUCAGUUCAGGAGACUGGGCUUCAACUAGCACGCAGUACGAUUUUGGUAACACCUACUACAACGAUCAUCAUUUCCAUUAUGGUUACAUUGUUCACGCAGCUGCUGUCAUCGGCUAUGUCGACUCUAAAUUGAACGGUACCUGGGCCACUGACAAUAAAGAUUGGGUAAACUCAUUAGUUAGAGACGUUGCCAAUCCAUCUGAAAAGGACCAGUACUUUGCACAAUCAAGAAUGUUCGAUUGGUUCAACGGCCAUUCCUGGGCUGCUGGACUCUAUGAAAACGGUAACGGUAAAAAUGAAGAGAGCAGUAGCGAAGACUACAAUUUUGCCUACGGCAUGAAGCUAUGGGGGGCAACUAUUGGUGACCUGUCAAUGGAACUGAGAGGUGACCUAAUGAUUAGUAUAAUGAAGGAUUCUAUGAACGAUUAUUUCUAUUACCAGGAUGACAAUAAAGUCGAACCUAAAGAAAUUAUAGGGAAUAAAGUGAGCGGUAUUUUAUUUGACAACAUUAUUGAUUAUACCACCUACUUCGGAACAAACACAGAGUACAUUCACGGCAUCCAUAUGUUGCCUAUCACACCAGUUUCUUCUAACAUUCGUUCAGUAACUUUCGCUGAAGAAGAAUGGCAGACAAAAAUCGAGCCAAUCAUCGGAUCAAUUGAAAGUGGCUGGACAGGUAUACUGAAACUGAAUCAAGCGCUAUUUGAUCCAACGGAUUCGUAUGCUUUUUUCAGCGAUUCGGACUUUGAUUCAACCACAUACCUCGAUAAUGGUAUGAGUCGCACAUGGGCAUUAGCAUUUUCAGGGGGACUGGCAAACUCUAUUGCUUAG